UUGAGGAAGUACACUUUCACGCAUGUGCACAAUUUAAUGGAGGCUGUUCAAGUGCAGCACUUAUUGCUUGCUUUCAUUUGUUUAAAUAGUGAGAGCACACCCUCAAGACGUGUUUGAGUUCUGAUCUAAACGGUUGAUAGCUAUGGAGGCCAGUGCUGAGGCUGGUGAGACAGGCGGCAGUUCCCCCGAUUCCGACAGCUAUCCGCAUUCCCCCCGGAUGGAUCGAAACCCCUCCCCACCACCCAGCCAUGGGUCAGAGCCUGAGGUGGAGAGCGAUUCCAUCGGGGAGACUCUGUACAGCAAACACUGGCUCUUCAGCACCCUGACCAGUCUCAUCCAGACUGUGACUGAGCAGGAGGAUGCAGAUCCUGAAGCCCAGGUUGACCUGUCUAAGGAGGAUGAGGAGAAGCUGUGUAAAAUCUGGGACAUGGCUAUGGACAAGGAUGUUGCUGGCCUACUACAGGAGUUCAAGGCCUCCGAUAUCUUGCUGGGAGCAAUCGCCAAAUCACGCAGUCCAAGGCUUACGGAGAUUUGGGUGGGAAUCUUGGGGAACAUGGCCUGCUUCCCUGACACAUGUCUGUCUAUCAGCCAGAAUGAGGAUCUGGGGGUGGUAUUGUUGCUUCUCCUGGGAGAUUCAGACCCUCCAACAAUCCUGGAGACAAGCAGGCUGCUGCUGACUUGUCUGGCCCAGCCCGGUGUCGCCCCCAUCUGGUUGGAACGGGUAUUGCAGCAAGCGUCAGUGUGCCCCAGCCUGUGCUUCAUCAUGUGCAGCUCCACUAACGUGGAUCUACUGGUGAAGGUCGGGGAGCUGGUGCACAAGCUCUUUGACCUGGAUGAAGGAUUGAUGGAGUGCUGGGUCUCUGCGCGGCCCAGUGAUGCAGAUACUGGCAGCCAGCUGCACAUCGCCCCCUCUCUGCUGGAGGCUGCUAAACAAGUCAGGCUGGAGAGUUCUGAAGGUCUGGAGGUGUACCUGCAUGUACUUCAGCUGCUCACAACUGUGGAUGAGGGAGUGGAGGCUUUGGUGGAGCUGGCUGGUACUGGUGAGGAGAUCUGGGCGGCGUUGUGCGAGGUGGUGUGUGACGACCUGUGCCAGCCUGACGACCCCCCCGUCAUCCUGCAGGAGCAGAAGGGGAGGCUCGCCCCCGCCCUGGCAGUGCUGUCCACCCUGUCUGCCUGCUCGGACCAGGAGUACAGCCAGACGGGCCGCAAUCUGCCUCUGCUUGGCACCCUGCUGCGGGUGCUGCAGUUCCUUAGGGAGUGCCAGCAGAGGGCGAGAGAAGGCCAGGACGAGGAUGGCUCGGGAAACGGACUGAAAGAGGAAGAGGACAUGCAGAUGUCGGCCUUGAGAGAGACAGCUGUGGAGUUUCUGGCCAGUAUGCUCACAAACAUGACCAAGGAUACCAUGUUGGAGUUGCUGAUGAAGGGGUACCUCGGUGAACAAGCCUGCCUCGCUGCAGCUGGGAGUUUGCUGCCUGAUCACAGAUCUGAGGUGCAACACUUGGUGGACCUGCUCUCAGAAGCUCAGUCCGGCCUAUCAGAUGUAGUGAGACAGAAGUUUCCGGAACUGAGUUCCUGAGGGGUCCAGGUUAGCCCUGCUCACUUCCUUCCAGCAGGAGGGCACUCUGGGCCAACAUCUGUUUCGACAAACAUCUUCUGGGCCCCCUGGCAUCUCCGUGGGCAUCUCAGUGGCCACCUCUGCAGGGUGCGGAGAUACCUAGGUGGAAACGCACCUCCCCCUCCAAUCCUGCAAAUGCCCCCAUAUUCCUAAAUGACCCAUGACCCAUGCAAUGAUCAGCCCAUUCCAAACUGUGUCCAGAAAUUUCACUAAUCCAUAAUUGGUCAAAGGCUGUUGUUUCAGGCCUUGAUAUCACCACUCUAUGGGUUCCUAUCAACAUUUAAAAUCGACAUAUGGUAGAAAUGGGGGUUGUUUUUCCUUCUGGAUUUCAGACUGGAAGCCGGCCUGUCCUCACAACCGAACAGGCAGGCAUCGGUAAAGCCGUCCACCACCCGUCCAGCACUUGUCUCGGAGACCCAUUGCGUCUGCUGGAUCACUUUUCUAAACGGCUGUAUAAACCAGUGCUGCUUCCUCCUUAAGUUGGGCCGCAGUUAAACCUUUUCACAAGGCCAAGGACAUGUGCAGUCAGCAAACAUUUUCACAAAGGACACAUGGAGUCUGCAGCUGUAAAUCCUUGCUUGUUUUAUCAUAAACGGCAAUCACUGGGCUGACAUGAAAUCCCAAAACGGAUUGGCCCUUGCUGACAUCACUCUCCGUAUAUCUCCAACAGCCGGUCUCCAGGCCGGCCACCGUCCUGUAUGAAAGUUAGCCAAAGUUGUUUGUUGUAGGAUUGCCGAACAAACACGUGUGCGACUGUGCAUACAAAAUGUAUUGGUGAGCCCUUUUCUGUUAGAACUUAUACUUGUUUUUCAUGUUUAUUGUGUAAUUAAAUGUUUAAUAAAAUCUAUUCUUUUUUUUGAAA